AUACUUUGAUUCUCCCAUUAGACAAGCAAAGUAUCUCUUACUGAGAAAUUUAGAAUAAAGACCAAAAGUAAUGGUUAUCGUUCAGAAAGUGAAUUAAAUUAAACGAUGUGAUAUGAGACAGCACCGUAGGCGUUGAAUUAGAUAAAUGGAAAACCUUCGAAUAAAAUGGUUUGAAUAUUGGAAGUAACAAUUUUACAAAUUUCAAAUAGUUAAUAACCUGAAAAGCACUGCAUUAACAAAAUAAAACAAUUGACACAAUUUCACACGUUGCCUGACCGCCAAAAUAUGCUUGACAAUUUAAACACUUCUACCAAUUUCAUAGAUUAUUAUCACACUUUGUUUAGUCUGUAGUGUGUACUCUGCAGUCUGUGGUUUGUUUAUGCCCGACAUUUUCUAAUAAAAAUAAAUUUACUGAAAUUUCACGUUGAUGCCGUUUGAUACGCGGUUAAUAUUUACAUCUCGGCAGAAUUAUAAAAAAAUAUACCGAGAUUGCAAAACAAAAUAUACAGCAAUUAAAAUCUUUAAUAUAAAACUUUUGUUAUAAAUGUUACGUGUACAUAGCGAAGCUCAAUUUUUUUUAGACCAAUAUAGCGGGAAAUCGUCGUGACGCGCUAACAUUGAUAAUUCGCUAUCGAGCCUUUUGAUGUGUUGUAGCACGCGUGUUAUGUGUUCAUUUACUUAUUGACGGCACAGUACGGUCAAAAUAAACUAAAACUGACAAUGUCGGACGAAAUGGCGGUGAUUGAUAACGGGGGAACCGAAGAAACUAAUACUGAGAGUAUUGAGAAGGUGGACACGGACGUCGAAAGAAGUCUAGAAGCUAAAGAAGUUCAUAAAGAUCAUACAGAGCUCAUACAUAGUGACGAACCCUCGAAUUCUCAAGAAGAAACUGAUUCUACAGAAGAUUCAAAACUGGAAAUUGUUGAAGAUAAUUUAGAAAAGCAAGAGAGUGUUCCAUCUACAGAACCAAAUGUCAGCUCUAAUAUCACAGAACCCAAAAAUACAGAGCCUGAGCCAAUUACAGAGUUAGACACUAAAGCUCUUGAUGCUGUCUCUGAAACACAAGUAGCAGACCAAAAAAUAUUUGAUGAAGAUGUGAACGAAACUCAUCCGCAAAUUCCAGAAUUACAAGUCCAUGUUGAAACAGAUGUCAAGACCCCUGAAAUGGAAGUGGACGAAAAUAUUGAAGACAAAAUCGAAUUUGAGACUGAGAUGUUGAAAAGAGACACAGAUGACAGUUGCAAAGAAGGCGAGAAAUUAGAAGAUAUAAUUGCGGAAGUAAAUAAAGGCAUCAAGCGCAGGGCAUCAGAUGCUUUCGGUGAUGAGAAUGAUGAAGAAUUUAAGGGAUUUGAUACCUUUGAAGAUAUUAAAACAGAAGUUUAUGGUCGUGUUGUUGCACGUUUGGAAGCUGAAGUGUCAGCAGCCAUCAAGAACUUCACUCCGGUGAGGAACGUGAUAGCUACCCCUACAGCUUCAAAACGACCACGCACUGAUACUGAUGGAUCCCGACCAUCGUCGGCUAUGUCAUCAAAGUCAGAUGAGAAUACAGAUAGUGUACCGUCAUCUCCUGCGCAGCGCCGCCGUGCCACCAUCGACAUGUCGUCUCCGGCCCUCCGCUUGCCGCUGGAGCGCGGCUGGAAGCGGGAGCUGGUGUACCGGGCGGCCCUGGACUCCCAUUCCAGGAAACAUGGGGACAUAUACUACUACACGCCGCUUGGAAAGAAAUUGAGGUCUACCAGAGAGGUGUCUGAGCAACUGGCAGGCACAGGACUGACAUUAGAAAACUUUUCAUUCUUCAAGGAGCCACUAGGAGUUGAUGAUCCUGAUAAAGAAAUUAUACGUGACGCGAAGUUAAUGCGCCGCGUGGAGUCCCCGGUUUGUAGCGCCCCGCCCGCCGUCGAGGGCAAGCGCACUCCCAAACCCAAGCCUCCCAAGGGGGCUAGUCCCGAACCUGUCGCGCUGACUUCCCCACCUGCCAAGAUCAAGGUGAAAUCAGUGGGCUCACGUCUCAGCGGCUCGAUUCCCGUACCAGCAGCAGCCCCGGAACCGAGGAAGCUGCCAAAGAAACCGCAACCCCAACAGCCGGCACCGACCACACCGAGCAACGCGGACAACAAUAACACUGCAGCCUGGAAGAAACCCAGCGAGGACAAGCGACGCGGGCGCCUGGCCAACGGCGCGCCGCCACCCGCGCCCGCCGCCGCGCCCCCCAACUCCCCGCGCCGCCGUCGCGCCCGCGCUGACGUCACGCACGACGCCGACCACUUCGCGCCCUUCUACAGCGCCGCGCAGGAGAGGAACUACAAUGUCGUCGUGCAGAUUUUCCAGUACUUGGGCAUGCGUGACCUGGCCCGCUGCGCCCGCGUGUGCAAGCUGUGGAGGCAGCUGGCCGCCGCGCCCGCGCUCUGGAGGCACGUCCGCAUGAAGAACUCGCACGUGAGCGACUGGGCCGGGCUGUGCGCGGCGCUCAAGCGCAACGGGACCAAGCGGCUGGACCUGCGGAAGAUGCUGUUGCCGCAGAACGACGCGGAGUUCUGGGACCAGUUCGCCGAGCACAUCGGCACCGUCGACACCAUAGAGCGGAUCGAGCUGUGCCGGUGCCCGGCGCGCGCGGUGGAGGCGGUGUGCCGCGCGGUGCCCGGGCUGCGCUCGCUGGCGGCGCUGGCCAUCCGGGACGCGCUGCUGGACCCCGCGCCGCUGGCCGCGCUGUCCCGCCUGCACGAGCUGCGCCUCAAGAGCAUGACGGGGCUCAGCCUCACGCGUGACCUGUCCCACCUCGCCGCGCUCACCAGCCUGCAGCAUCUCAGCCUCACCUCCAUCAAGGCGCUGGGUUGGUGUGCUUGCGAAGUGGUGUCCGCGCUGCCGGCACUGGAGUCGCUGGAGCUGGGCGAGUGCACGUUCCGCGCAGACUUCCCGGCCGCGCUGAGCCGCCUCACCCGCCUGCGACGGCUGCGGCUGGAGCGGGGCACGGCGCACGCUGCCUCGCCGCCCACGCUUCGGGCACUGGCCGCGCUGCCUCAUCUCACCAGUCUUGAGCUGGUCAAUGUCGAUGUCAAGGUCGGCUUCGACGACGCCCUGGCUGAGUGCAAAAACAUUCAGAGGCUGCUGAUAAUACCCACGUACGUCUCACAGUCAGCGACCACCAAUAAACAGGUGCUGAGCGGCGUGCUGAGACUGAAGGAGACGCUGACGCACCUGAUGUGGGGGGUGACCAUCGAGCUGCUCCGCGUCACGGAGCUGUUCAUCGACCAGUGCAAGCAGGCCGGCGACGCCAAGCGCCGCGAGCUGGGCGAGUGCAUCCCCGUGCUCAAGCCCGUGCCCGGCUGCCGCCUGCCCCCCGACCACCCGCACGUCGCCGGGCCCCCGCAGGUGGAGAUCCUCCCGCUGCCGACUCUCCAGCGGCUGCUGUCGGCACAGCUGCCGAACACGAAGCUAAAGCUACUCCGCAUCCCGUUCCACGCGACCUGGCGCCAGUCGCUCGCCGACUUCCAGUAGCACCAGGCCCCCGCGUCCGGUGGGAGGCCGCACAACGGUGUGUAUUCCAACCUGGACGAGGAACACAACGGCGGGCCGUUAUGACGAAGUGCCAAGGUCAGACUUUAAAAAUUUAGUAGCAUUGUCUGUGAUUCGACAUAAAUAACGUUUUAGUCUGAGCAUAGACAACGAUAAGUUUCUACGGAGCCUCGAGAGCUAGUGUCGGAAGUGACAGCUGUCAGUGAUUCGCUUUGUAUCCGGAGCAUGGACGAGGAAAUCAACUUCCAUACAGCCUUGAGAAUUUGUAAGGAGUGACGUCAUAUCAAUGGACUAUUCCCGAUUCGGUACUUAAACCAUUACUUCUGGGCCACGUCCAGAACUGUUAUGAGUCACGUUGACAAUAAAUACGUUAUAGAAAUAUUAUCAUGGAUUAUGUCGCGACGUGCCAGUUUUUUUGGACGAUUUCUCAAUCAAUAUUCUGGCUGUAGUAAACAAAUAUUGUAUUUGUUUUGUUUUAAAUUUGAAACAUUAUUUUAAUUUGUACAAGACGGAAUGAUACCAUCCGUGUUUAACAUGUCUACUAAAAACGUAAUUCAUAUGAAAAUAAUUCAAUAUAUAAAUUCGAACACUCUUAGAGUAAAAAAAUAAUAUGAAUUAACAAACUUUAAAGAUAUAUACAUAACAUAUAGAUUUUUAAAGUACACAAUUGAUAUAGAAAAAAAUAUAUGUUACGUUAACUAUGUAAUGUGUAAAUAUUAUAAUUUAAUAUAUAUAUAUAAAUAUAUACAAUUAGAUUUUAAAACGAUCAGUGCCUCUAAUUAAUAUGAUGUGUCACCUCAAAAUGAGCCUUGCGUACUAAAGUAUAAUGUCUACAAUAGAAUGUACAUUGUGAUUAAUACUAUGGACACUUUAUUCAUUGAAAUAUGAUUGUAAUUUUAUUUCAAAUUACAUGACAGCGAGGAGAGUCAUUGUUUGCUUAGAAAUGGCUAUUAGGCUUAAUUUACAGUAUACCAUAUUCGUGUUACAAUCAGGGACAUUUAAAUAAUGCUUUAUAACUUUAUUAGUUGUUCAUUAAAAUUUACAUGGCUCUCUGAUUUUCUCACAAAUAUAUCGAGAAGUAAUCUAUUUUGAUUGCUCGAUUUCUUGUGUAAUAAGGUUUAUUUUGGCACGCACAUACAUAUCGUUCAUGUGUGAUGAUACAUGUAUUCAUGAGCUUGACAAUCAAGCUAACGAACGAACAUCAAGCACUGAUGUUUGUCUAACGUAAAUGUGUAAUAAAAAUUACUCUCGAGUUGUAUUUUUUAAAAAGUUGUUCAGGUUUGUCAGUAGGUGGAUUAUGUUUGCUGUUUGUUAUAUAAUUAUAAUAUAUAAUACAUUUUUCUUUCAUUAUAUAAAUCUUCUAUUCUUCUUUGUUCUAUUAUGUACACCUUUUUCAUUAUAAAAAAAAACUGGGGAAUUGUUCAAAGUGAUAUAUCGUCAAUGAUACUUUUUACUAUUGCAUCACAUGUCACCGGAGCAUUGUUUACUAGCUGAUGCCAAUGCGGUGAUCUAAAGUGCAUUGCCAGAGAUCAUUGUUCCCACAUACCUUGCUGCUCUGGUAUGAGCUUCCUUCGACGUUGUUUCCUGACUGUUAUGAUCUUUUUUUUAUUUUUAUUUAUUGCUUAGAUGGGUACACGAGCUCACAGCCCACCUGAUGUUAAGUGGUUACUAGAGCCCAUGGACAUCUACAACGUAAAUGCGCCACCCACCUUGAGAUAUAAGAUCUUAGAGAUCUCAGUAUAGUUACAACGGCUACCCUACCCUUCAAACCGAAACGCAUUACUGCUUCACGGCAGAAAUAGGCAGGGCGUGGUACCUACCCGCGCGGACUCACAAGAGGUCCUACCACCAGUAAAAUCUGUCCUUUUUCAAGCUUUCAAAAGUCCCUGAGCCGCAGGCAGCUAGCUGCCUGUCUAUAGCUUUAAUCCUUGUGAGUCCAGAGUCCACACUUAUUGGACACACAGCUUAGUCUUACAUUAGUAUAUGGACCGCAAAGGUUAAGAUCAUGGAUAAGCAUGAACAACAGCUUAUCGCAUGAGUCGUAUGUUCAUCUGCAUCCUAAGAAACUAAAACAAAUAUAGUUUGUUUCUUGCUCUAUACAUGUCAAUGUUAUUUUAUGUCUUACUGUAAACCCUGUUGGCAGUCCUUAAAUAAAUAAAUAAAUAGUUCAACAUAAUCCGCCUCUGUACUAUGAAUGAUGUCGCUGAGUAUAUAAUUGAAAUAAUUAUGUUGCAAUAUAUCCAGUAAAUGUGUAUAUUAUUAUUUUUUAUUAUCAUUAUUAUAACACGCACGGUCGAGUACAACCCUCUUUAAAUAUUAUAAUUAUUUUCGUUUCGUGUAAAGAGAUAUGUAAAAUGUUGGUUAUUUUAGUUUAGUGUUUGUUCGUUGUAUUUUCGAGUUUAUUUGUGUGAUACUUGAUUUCAAAGAACCGUCUAUUAGUUUCCUACGAUCGUUUGAAACCGAGUCGUAAUUCUUUUGCUGUUCCAAAAUCGAAUUAAGAGAGUUUGUUAUUACGUCAUUUAAUCUACGUUCAAUUUGACAGUUACCAUAAACGUCAUCUGUCAUGUUUGAAAAUCAAAACAUUUCCCGCCAAAAUGUUACCGCUAUAUUUUCGGUUUCCGCUGUCACGAAAAUGUAGUAUUGCCAUUCUAUUCUUAAACACGACGCACUCUAUAGUUGUCAAUAUCUUCAUCAGGUCACCUGAGAAGAAAUACGAUCUAACAAAAGGCAUAAGACGGACGCUAAACAAUUUAAUUAUGCACAAAUUUAAAAUAAACGCGAUCUAGAUUUUUGGUAGCACAAAUCGAUUUAUUUAUCGAUUUAUAAAAUUUAACAUUCUCUGUAUUGCAAUUUACUUAUGAAGACUUCAAGUUGAAGACUCAAAUUUAUUUAAGUCUGAAUGGAAUGAUCGAUGUGAAGUUAAUGAGUACUCACUUUAAUACAAUAAGAGCCCAGUGGCGUAUGAUUUGAGGUAUAGUCUGGGUGCGUUGUAGUGAGACCUUGAUUUUUUUCCAACUCAAAAAUCAAAACAUUGUUAUUGUCAUUGCCACGGUUAGACAUUUUGGUGCGAGCGAACGUAUUUAACUCUCGACCGAUAUAGAUUGAACUAUUAUAAUUUUACGAAAGGAACAAGUAUCGCACAACAUCAAAGAUAAUUAAUUAUGUAUGUAAAUGCUAUGAUUAUUUUUAAAGUUUAUUUACAAUGAAACUAAUUGUGUUUAAUCAUUAUUGUUACUUAAUAACGCCCGAGAUGACACCAAAUUCACGAUCUCUGCACGCUAUAUAUAUAUAUAGAAACACUAAUAUUACAUAAUAACGAGGCGUGAAAGACUAUUUGGUUUAAGCAACAUUUGGCUAAAUCCGCAAUAUUUAUCUUUAUAAAUUAAAUGUUCGUUUUAUUUGGUCCUAUUAGCAUCAACAAUUCAAUGAUUUUAAUUGAACUUCAAUUACGUUUACCUCAUUCGAAUAACUCAAGAAGUUUUUUUGUCAUGACAUUGUUACCUUAAUUUUAAACUUAAUAGCUCUGUUGUAAAGUUGCAAAAAUUUCGCUUAAAAGAAAUAACCUUUCUUCACCCCUCGGAUGUGUAAUACAAUAAUGCUAUGUAAAAUUUUUUUGUAUACCGUUUUGAAACCAAAUUAUAGGGAUGGGAUCCUUUGGUUUGAGGCCGUUAUAUUGUGUCAUUCACUCACUCUGUAGAUGAUUCCAUUGGAAUUCGACGUCAGCUAUGCCCAUUGUCUUUAAUAGCCGCUAUGAGGGACAAUAGAGAUAUGAAAAGACGAUUCGUGAUUCAUAUUGUUACGGGCUAUGGGGUUCGGGAUAAAUAAAAUUUCACCAAAGUACAACUAAAAACUGUAUUCAACACUUAGAACACUCAACAAACACUCUCAAUUCGCUUGAUCCGCUUCGCUUCAGGUGGUCCGUUCGCUGUUUCGCUUCGAGUAGUUCCGAUUACUGACUGACUGCGUGCCAUCUCUGCAACGCUUUUAUAGCCGAUACCUCAUCCCUAGAAUUAUCGAGAAUAUUCCACACAUCUCUAGUAGUAGUUUCCGCUAUCUGACAAUAGAUGGCGUUGUACUCCUCGAGCAUUCUAGGUGCUGCUAGAUCCUUCGAUAUUCGUUCGACUAUUUGGCGAUAGAUGGCGCUAUUCUUACCGGCGUAACACUAUUAUUCUAAUCUGUAACUGAAAUUUUAAAGCGAUGAUCCAAUAAACGGUGACCCGACAAUUAAGUAUUUUAGUCAAGACCAAAAUAAAUGCGAAUCGGUAUAGAAGCGAAUAUUGUGCUUCUUGUUGUGUGUGUGUUAAAAAGUUGAUAAAUCAAACGUGCGGUUUUAUCACAAGGGGUUUUUGUGAUAGUGUAAAGAUUUGUUAUUAAAAUAAUGGAGAUGCAAUUUUUUUAUACACAUCAAUAGGUAUAAUUAAACAAAGAAAGAUUGUGUUGAUAGUAUGGGGUUCGUUAUAAAAAAAAAAGAUGUGUGCACUUCUCACGCGCUAGAAGUGUAAUAUGUGUGUAUUCGGAUAUAUUUCCAUCUCGUUCUCUCGCGGGGCUAUUAAACGUAGAUGUAUAUAUUCAUCACUUUUUUGUUUCGUCUGAACUUAAAAUCGCGAUGGUGCUAAAGGAGGGGUCACUUCAAAAAUGAAAGUGGCAUAAUAAAUUAAUUUUAAAAUUUCACUGUAGCAUUAAAAAUGUAAAUGUUUUUUUCUGUUUUGUUAAUUUGAAUCAUUUACAGAGUGAUUGAUUUUGAAAUGUAAUAAACAAAUAGCCUCGGAAUUAUAAUUAAUUUUAUAAAUCAUUAUUUUAUUUUUGUUUGUUUAUAAUCUCUUCUCUAACUGAUGUUUCUUGUGGUUUUAUUUUUAAUGUUUAGUUUUAGUUUUAACUUGUGAUUCGCCUCUUUGUUUGUCCCUGUACGGCUCAAUGUUGAUUGAUCCGGAGAGAAAUGGAAUUGUCCUAGAGACUUUAUUAACAUUUUGCAUUAGGGUACUGAGCAGAUAGUAUUUUUUUGAGACCACCUCACAGACUGCAAGGUAUAGGCUUCAUUGCGCGUGACGUCAUUGUGGAUCUGAAAUGCGGUAGUGGUGCAUACCACGUACUUCAGGGCCCCUAGUGACUUGCAUCUGUUGAUAGGUGGCUAUCAAAGCGUAUACUCUACACAAUGGACUAAAACGCAACGAUUAGCCACAUAUGACUUCACGGUCCAAUAACAUAAUCUCGGUUAUUAAUUUAAUUUACAAUUAAAUUACCUUUGUAAGUAAUUAGACGAACUAAAAACAGUGAACGUUUGAAUGAUUGAAAUGAAUUUUGAUUUUGACUCAAAAUUACAACUUUAUAUAUAUAUCUUGCUGUGCUCAGGGUACAUAAUUCAUAUUACUCUGUACUAUAAUAGAUGCAAUAGUACUGAAUAAACAACAGAGUUGACUCAAACAUAUUACUAUAUUAAAUGAAAAUAUUUACCAAAAAAUGCUAACCUAACAAAUGACGUCAUAUAUAAUAAGGUCUCGGAACAAUUUUAUUUCUCUAACAAUUGUUUUAUUGCAAUGCGAACGCAUGAGGUGGAUAUUAUGUAAAACUAGGUUAAAUAUAUUAUUAUUUAGAUUGGAAGACAUUUUUUGCUAGUAAGCAUUGGUGGUGAAUAAAUGGCUGCCAAAGAAAA